AUGUUUCAACUGCUUGUUAAAGCACUGAGACACAUGGUAUUUAUAUGGUGCAAGAAUUGUUGUACCCUCGCAAUUAGCAACAUUGGCCGCACCAAUGAGAUGUGGGCACUCAAACUUGAUAUCCCUGACGAACGUGUGCCUGUGCUUGUUAACGAGUUUGCCGUUUGCGUUUUUCAGGUUGUUACUGCAUGGUUUGUUUUAUAUCCAAGGCAAAGGGUAAUGAAACACUCCUUAAA